AUGCCGCGAUCACGCAAGACCUCCACUGCCGCCCAUCUUGACUCUUCUGCCCGUCCCUCGCGCAAGUCCCGCUCCGCCGCCGUCACUGAGUCUCCGCCGCCAGCUGAGGAGAAGAAGGGAGGCAAGAGAAAGAAGGCGAAGACUGCUAUGCCAAAAGGCUUCAACACGAUGCGGACCGUAGUCUCCCAGCCCUCCGCGGCGUGUGCCGACAGCUCAUUAAUAGUAUACUCAGCUCACGAGCACCUCCCGAGAGGCACCCGCCCAGAUGAUACCUGGCCGCAUAUUGCGGCACCUGGACCUGUUGUGUGGGAUGAGGAAGAGGAGGAAGAUCUGAUGGGUCCGCCCGCCAAAAAGGCGAAGAUCAAGGACGAGGACGAGGACGAGGACGAGGACGAGGAUGUAGCAGCGCUGUCGAUAUGA